AUGGCAGGUAAUUCUUCCGUCAACGUCCAACCGGUCCCAAAUAGCCGGGAACCUCUCCAGCAGGAUGUUGAUCCUGACGAAGGCAACUUCCAUGGCUUGCCCCUUUUUACUGCACCGCUGUACAGCAACGCUGAGCAGACCUGGUCUAAGCUGCAGUCCAGUCCUCCGCUUCCACCAGUCCAGUAUCGAGGCACGAUUACCCCUGGCUCUCAUCCCAACUGGUCUUCAAGCUCGGUGAGGCAAGGACUAUUCCAGGGCAACAACAGCUGGAACUCGAACCACAGCUUCGAUAUUUCUGGAGGUGUCAACUUCUUCAACGGAACCCAUGCGGCGUAUGGUAUUCCAGUAUCCGAACACCCCCAGGAACUCUCCGCGCCGGAACUCAACCAUAAUGAAGCCGGCGGCAAGUCUCAUGUAGUAACGAAGCCACCGCACCAGUCCUCCGGUGCUGAGAAGCACCAGACCAACGUACACGAACCCCUGAGCAAUAUAGCUGAAGCGUCCAACUCGUUUGCCGCAUCCGAUCCUCGUCUCUGCUUUUAUGCACAGCCGAUGCCUCCCGAACAUAGUCAUCAUCUUCCACGUUUCGUUCCACUUGAUCUUCCGCAGGGCUGGCGCUCCAUGCAGCGGGUGGAUCUCGAGCCUGUUGUCCUCAACCCUCACGACUGGGCUUUUCGGCUAACACCCGCUGGACCUGUUGCAUUGACCCCGGCGGAGGUCUUUCAAUAUAGAAUAACAGGGGUUUCCCGUAGCAGACGGACACCUCAGUCCAAUCCAGACCCUAUGGUCAUCGAUCUUGAACUAAUAGACGAUGAGCUAACGGAAUUCAUGCCACCAAAUUCGCGCCGGGGUGACCCUGACCAACUGACAGCAUAUGCAGACCCUUUAGGCGGGUUACCUCCGAAAGUAGCGUACGAAGGAGCAGUGCGGGCGAAGAAACGUAAACUUCAGGGGCCAUUAUCCCCAUCAGUAGUCAGGUCAAUCGAGCAGGAAUCGGAUGGCGAUGCCGCCCUGUUGUGUCCCAUGGGCAUAAUAGAUGUGGAAGACGCAUGGGCCUGGAUUCGACACAUGGCCCAAAACCCAACGCCCGAAUACCAUGCUCCUAACCGAAAGCCCGAUGAACGCCUAAAGUCGGCCCACAAGGUUAAGCAUCCAAUCCCCGAGCUCAUGAUGGUGGCUCUAAAACCACCGGGUUCGGGCAUCGGCUCGCAACUAAAGGACCAAGACGCGCUGCCAUUCUGCCAGACCAGGAGCAUUACACCUCCCGAGAAGGUCGGUGUCCACGAACAUCUCGGUAGCCACGUCGAACUCACUCUGAUCGAGUGCGCUGCGUACUUUCCUCGUCAGGCUAUACGGCCGGAGUAUCUGAAACGCUUCCGCCGCGCUGGUAUGGGCAGCGUGGGUACCGUGAGCUUGAUCAACAUGCUCCGGCAGCUCACAGGCAAAUCCAAUUUCCACGAGUCCCGGCUAUCUCACACCUUCAAGCGGUACGGUUGUACAGCAGACAACAAUGCGACCAGAGACUUCACCGCGCAGCAAUGGACGCCCGAUACCGGCUCUAAGACCAUCGACUAUCCACUCCUUGCACUUGAGCAUGGAGUCGUGCACCUUCCACAGGGCGACGACGCAGGGCCACUAACAAAGCUCAUUCAGUGGUGCAAGAACAAUGCUCAACACCGGGUUCUGCUUAGCGAAGUGCCUGCCCUUCUUUCGACGGCAGGCAUAUCCUCGACGAUUGCUCGCCCAGCCGAUGGACGGUGUCCGGAUCGAGUCGCACACGGGCGCCAUCACCAGGCCAUACAGAUCGAUAGGAAGCGCAUCUUGAAGAUUCGGCAUGAGCUCGAUCGUACGAGGAGGGCCGCAAACGCAGUCGACGAGGAGCCUAGCGAGACGGAGCGGGAGGAGGACCCAAUGAUAGUGGAUUUGGUCGAGUAG